UAGUGUGUAAUGGACGAAGACGACCCAUAUGAAUGUUUGCCCCCUACAAGUACAGCCUCGACCCACAUGCUGGCGGGGGCUGCUGCCGGCAUUAUGGAACACUGUGUCAUGUAUCCUGUCGAUUGUGUAAAGACACGGAUGCAAUCCCUUGUUCCUGAUCCAAAGGCGGAUUAUCGCAGCAUUCGUGAUGCCUUUCAUAAGAUUGUUAAAUUUGAGGGUAUGCGGAACACUGUGCGAGGGAUACAGGUUGUUGUAGGAGGGGCAGGUCCAGCACAUGCUCUUUACUUCACGUGUUAUGAAAAAACUAAGAAAGUACUGGCCAAUGGGCAAAAAGGAACUCAUUUUACUCAUGGUGUAGCAGGUGGCGUUGCCACAUUAGCACAUGAUGCUGUGAUGACACCAAUAGACGUGAUAAAACAAAGAAUGCAAGUAUAUGGAAGCCCCUACAAAUCAUGUCUUCACUGCACUGGAGAUGUUUACACAAAGGAGGGUAUUAGGGCUUUCUAUAGGAGUUACACCACACAGCUGACAAUGAAUCUUCCAUUUCAGGUAGUGCACUUCAUCGUGUACGAGAAAAUGCAAGAUAUUUUAAACCAUAAUAGGGAGUAUAACCCAGUAAGUCAUGUGAUCUCUGGAGGCCUGGCAGGGGCUACAUCAGCAGCCGUUACCAUGCCAUUAGAUGUGUGUAAGACCUUACUGAACACGCAGGAAUGUUGUGCCCGAAAACAAGUGUCGUAUAUCAAUGGUAUGGCAUCUGCAUUUAGGACAAUUUAUGAAUUUCAGGGAGUAUUGGGUUUCUUUAGAGGACUGCAGGCAAGGGUUGUCUUUCAGAUGCCUGCCACAGCAAUCUCUUGGGGAGUGUAUGAAUCAUUUAAAUAUGUACUUUCAAAGAAACAGGAUGCCGAAGACAAAUAUGGAAAUGUGAAAGGUUUAACUGUUCAAGCUGUAACAGUAAGCUCUGAAGAUCCGCUUCACAUCCCCAAACCUGCCCACAAUCCCUAGGCAAGUGCUUCAUCCUUACCUCUUUCUUAACCCAGCCCACAGAGGAUGUGCCUAGUUAGUAGUUUUAGCCCCUGACAUCUGAUCUGUGCACCAAUCUUCCGCAUGAAACAAAGAGAAUUAUGUCGUAAUAUUUUCACUAGCAAAAUUUGAAUCUCUA